CCACAAGUGCAGAUUAGAUUUAGAAAAACACACAAGCGAAGACGAGGGGAGUGAGUUUCAACACAAGAAGUAAUGUCAACGGUUCUUCAGCUUUCGAUCAUCGAUCUUUCUUUGCCUGAAAAGCUCUCUACUUCCCGAUUGAUUCGUCGGGUUCUCUUCUUUUUCUUCUUCUUGUAUCCUACACAAACAGCUUAUUUGAAUCAUGGAUUCUUCUAUCUCACGAACCAUGGCGUUCCCGAGGAGUUGAUGAAAAGAGUGUUCGAGGAGAGCAAGAACCUGUUCUCUCUUCCUCUUGAUGAGAAGAUAGUGAUGGUUCGACGUGGUUUUAGAGGUUACUCACCUUUAUACGACGAGAAAGGUGAUCCCAAGGAGCUAUUCACUUUUGGAUCUUCAGAGGGAGUUUUAGGUCAACAUUACCCUAAUAAAUGGCCUUCUGAAGACCUUUUGCCGCUAUGGAGGCCAACCAUGGAACGCUACUAUAAAAGUGUUGUGGAUGUUGGCAAGAAAUUGCUUGGCCUAGUGGCUUUAGCAUUGGAUUUGGAAGAGAACUUCUUUGAAAGGUUGGGAGCCUUCAAUGAUCAAGCAGCAGUUGUUCGCCUCUUACGUUAUUCAGGAGAGUUGAGUUCAUCUGAAGAUGAAGAAGAAAAAACAUGUGGGGCCUCUGCUCAUUCAGAUUUUGGAAUACUAACUCUUCUCGCAACAGAUGGAGUUCCAGGACUUCAAGUUUGCAGGGAUAAAGAUAAAGAGCCAAAUGUUUGGGAAGAUGUCCCUGGGAUUAAAGGUGCUUUUGUUGUCAACAUCGGAGACCUCAUGGAGAGAUGGACUAAUGGGCUUUUCCGGUCAACAAUGCAUAGAGUGUUGUCAGUGGGAAAAGAACGUUACUCGGUGGCUGUAUUUCUUGAUCCAGACCCAAACUGUGUUGUGGAGUGCUUGGAGAGUUGUUGUAGUGAAACAUCCCCUCCAAGGUUUCCACCGGUCCGAACCAGUGAUUAUUUCCACGAGCGAUUCAGCCAAUCCCUCAUCUCGUACUCUGGUUCCGCCUAAAAAUCAGUUAAUGUAUGAGAAGCUCGAUACUUUGCCUUAUUAAUAAAAGACGUGUGUUGUGUCACAAAUACUCGAGGUCUUUGCUGCCUCUACGUUGUGAUAAACGUUGUGAUAAACCUGCAUAUUGUAAUAUGGGCCUCAUGACUAGAUGGGUCAAAUGACUCAAAUCUAUACUGAGCCCUCUUGUUAUCGGUCAAUAUUUGUACCUAGGAUUGUACCAUGCUGAAUUUCUUAAAACAAUUAUAUAUGCUAAUUCUAAAACUUAAGAGCA